AUGGAGUACCUCCGCGACGUCGCGACACUGAUGCGUUACACUCAUUCCUGCCGCGACAUGCGAUCUGCUUUCCAGACGGCACCUUCGUCCGUCUCCAGAGCUGUUAUCACCAAUGAUCUUGGUGUCUACCUUCCGACUGCGGUCGCACGCCUUGAAGCAACUACCAUGCCCUGGACACUACAGAAACCACCUCGAUUCCCCGACAACCUCACCAAGUACCAGGAGCAUGUGGCUCAGUUCUGCGACGAGCACCUGGCCGACCAGCAAACCAAGAUCGCUAUUCCCACUAGCCACUUCUCUCUGGAGUUUGUGACCGAACUGUCCAACUUUCAUUCAUGCGUCCUAGGCUUUGCUCCAUCCAUCGUCAAGGGAAUCGACAACGAGAAGGAACUGUACGCACCACUCUAUGUAACUGCAAUGGGCAGUCAGGAGUUCGGCCGAGUGGUCAAGACCUUAUACUUCUACGAGCUUGUCGGCAUCCUUCUUCCAUUGGAUCUUGUCACCCCCAACGAGCGAUGGAACAUGCGAUUCGAUAUCGACUGGACAUCGUUCUGGAAGAAGUUUGCCCCUUGGGAGCUCUUUCAAUACGAGCAUGUGCUCAAGCACAUAAACUACCAAUUAGAUGAUCUUGUCCAAAGUUGGACAAAACAUCCAGACGAUCAUUCUCAACUGAUAGAGCCCACUUAUCUCGACGCCUUGUUAGCCAUCGUUGAUACUGAUGACUGGUAUACAGCGGAAGGAGCUACCAUACUUGCUGUGGCUCUUCACGCAGGGCUGAAGACAAUGGAAUGUCCGAACGAGAUCAUCCACUUGCUGCUCGACAUAUGGAUACAUGAUCGAUGGGAAGUAAUGCACCGGGAUCUUUAUGUGGUUCAAAGCAGCCACCAUAUCUGGCUUCACCCACUUGAGCCCACGAACCUUCCACCCACUACUCACUCUCUCGACAUCGACCAUCUCAUAGAGAAAUACGGCGGUUCAGACCUGGAGCAACUCGAAGUCUGGUUCUACGACCUCGUCUAUGAGGGACUUGCUAGCUUGGACCCGGAAUUUUACCACCGGUUCGGCCACAAGGGAUACAUUCACGGCGCUUUCACAACAUGCGAAAACUGGCACACGAAGCCCAUACAGUAUCCAACUCUGGAUGACUUCAAGUUGGAAAUUCAGAGCCGAGCAAUGACUCAAGGCGGAGAGGUAAUUCGACUGGACUGA